CACUUUCAGAAAGUUUUCUUUGCUGCUUGCUCGGUUCCUCUGAAUGGGAGAGACCUUUUUGUGACUGCUUUGGAGUUUCUGAGUCACUCUCAUUCGGCUAUAAGAUACUUUCUGAAGCCUUUUAACGUUUAAAAUGACCUCGAACUACAGACUUGCACAGUGUGUCACAGAAAUGCACUGUCACUGUGAAAAGGUUUCUUGUUUAGUAAGGCCUAAGUAGCCUAAUUGAUGUUUUUUUUAUGUUUUUUGUUAGGUCCUAUGUCUUUAUACUAGGCCUAAUUAGAGGAUGACACGAAGAAUUUUUCCCCAGAGUCUAGGCCCUAUGUAAUAGAACACCAUAUAGACAGGCAUUUUCUGUGUGUUGACUUAGAUAGACCGAUCUGCUGGCAGCAGGCUCAUCGGAUCAAUCCCCCCAGUUUUGGCCAUACUAGUUACUAUACUACCCUUCUUGAUAAAUAAAUUCUUGUCUCCAGGCAUGCCAGGUAAACAUAAUCUAAUGUACAGUGCCUGAUAUGGCAAAUGGCCUUGAUACUAUAGAUCCAUGCACUUGAUUGGGAACCAUCGUCACGUCACCAUGCACUUGUCUUGACCGUCAUCAGAGCUCUACUCCGAAAUCAUUGUUGUUUAAGACUUAACCCUGCCAUCUGCUGCAGAAUCAGUGCUUAGCAACUCCUUAGCAACCUGACAUUCUGCAUUAACGCAUCCGUCAUUGAUUAUUUGCAUAUGAAAUAAUCAGGCCUUUAAAAAGUCAAUAGGCAUGAUAGACGUGGGUUUAUUACUCAUUCUAGGUAGGCUGUAUGGAUCUGUGGUUGUGUGAAACAAGGCUUGAAUGAUGAGCUGGUCGACAACAGCUCACACACCCAUCUCAGGUCAAGGGGAGACAACAUUUGGCUGAACUUUUAUUGUGAAUCGCAUUCUUGCUGAUGACCAAGGAAUAAUCAUUUUCAUAUUGAUCAGUAUUAUAGGUUAAUGAUUCAUGAUUGGGGUAAUAGGGUCGAAACCUCUAUUGCCGCGAGGCUCAAGAGUGACUGCUAACUGGUAAUGUUCUCAUGGAAAGUGUAUUUCUACAGGGGACAGAUAAGGCCAGUAGAUGGUGGCACCUGUCAGGAAUAGAAAAAUUAAAUAGGCCUUCACUUCAUUGAACAAGUCAAAAAAAUUCUACUUCCAACAAAAAAAACCAGCUGAGUGCUCUCAUUUUGAUUUUCAUAUCAUAUUCAUAUAUUCUGCUGAAAGUUAGUGUGUUUUAUGAUGAAGACCUAAUAGUUAUUUUCUGAAUUACUGUGAAAAACCUUUGCUCUUCAUCCUGUCCACUUGUAUAGUUUAGGCCCAUUGGCUGCUGGUACUCCAGUAUUGAUCCAGUCACAUGACCAUGUGCGUCCGCUCUCAUACUAAUAUCACGGACAUGAAAUCAAUAUCAAUUGAAUAGGCCUAGGCAGUAUACGACCAGCUGUGGACAGUCGCAAUUACAUCAAAUUAAAGGGUAUCUGCACAAAUAGGAUUUAUUCAGUGUAGCAGAGGGUCAGUGAGGGAUGAUACAGCCAAGCAACUUUAUCAUUUUGCCGUUGUCCAAAUUAAGCUCUUUCCCAAUCUUGUUUGUGCAUGGUGUGGGUAGCUUGGAUUCUUGUACAACUUGUUAAGUGUUUCUUGCUGAUUCAAGCUACAGGUCCAGGCAUCUUUAAAUUGCAUGUUGACAGUGAAUCCCAGUUCUCUCUUCCGUUGGUUCAGUCACAAAACUGCCAUGGAUUAGACAGACGAGAAGCCGCGGAAACAUAGUUAGAAGUACCUAUCGAUGUAACCAUGUCACCCUGAUUAAAAACCACAGCGUUUCAAGGAAAUUACAAACAAUAUUCUAAAUUGGAUUAUCAUAGAAUCAUAAAAGUUUGUAAAACAACAUGGCUACCUAUACAGAUCAACAGUUUGACGGCAACGCCACCUCAAUGGAUAUUGAGGAACUAAUGGUGGCAAAGGCGCAUGAACUUUUUGCCAUUUGUGACCAAGAAAACAAGGGCUUCAUCACCAAGCGGGACAUGCAGCGACUUCAGAGUGAGUUACCACUGAAUCCAGACCAAUUAGAAUCAGUCUUUGAUUCUCUUGAUGAUGACGGCAAUGGUUUCUUGACGUUAGAAGAGUUCACUGGAGGAUUUGGGAGCUUCAUCGGUAUCCAGAAGCCAAUCGAGAGCCAGGUGUCGGUCGACAGCGGAAGUAACAUGAACAGCAGCCAUGUUUACGAGACGGACCAACUCGGCAUCGAUUCGGCCGAUGAGGAGGAACAUUUUAAUGAAUCGAUGCAUCAUAUUGGAGCAACAGGCGUCUUUGAUGACCAAUCAUCGGUUAAAGAGUUAUGGCUGCGGUUGAGACGAGACGAACCAGAGAUGUUGUCACAGUUUGAGGAUUUCCUCACUAAGAUUACAUCAGAAGUGAAGCGGACACAAUCAGAUUAUGAAAACUUGGAAAAUGUACUUAGGAAUAAAGCAGUCACUCAUGACGAAGAAGUGCGGCGACUCUAUGAUGAGAUGGAAAAUCAAAUAAAAGCUGAGAAAGAGAGAAUAUUACAAGCUGAGAAGCAGCGAGAGAGGCAGCUGAAAGAUGAGUUAGAGAGGGAGCUGAUUGAGAAAGAUAAACAGUUACAAGAAUUAUUAAACAAACAUGGUGAUAUGGAGAAAAAGUUGGCAUAUCUAAAUAUGAUGGACGCCGAGACAAAACAAGAGAACGACCGACUGUUAAAAGAAAAAAUGGAGAUUGAAAAUGAGCUGCAAGACUCUCAGAUCAACCUUGAAGAGAGUCAGACGUAUAUAGACCAGCUGCGGAGACAGCAGAAAGAUGAGAAGAGGGAUAGAGCAAGGAAUGCGUUCCAGAUAUCUGAGGGUAUCGCCUUGGAGAGAGAAUCACUAGUCAAACAGCUUGAUAUGCUUAGAGAGGUUAAUAAGAAACUUAAAGAUGAAAAAGAAGAAUCAUGGCUCAAAUUUGGCAACUCUAGUUUGCAGCAGGAGAUGCAGACACUGGGAGAACGAGCCCCAGACACGAGAGGUAGCAAUGAGACAGCUCCAGGUAAGCAGGGGGAGGGCCAAGCAGCUGCAGACACAGUGGAUGGCAGUGACAGCAGCAAGAAGGGCAUGACAUACAGUACUCUGUCACGUCAAGACACACAGUCCAAGAGAAGUGCCUUCGUGAAACAGGGAUCCAUAUUGUCCAAUUACUUUGAUGAACCAUCUUCGAGACGCAUGUCAGAAGAUAUUGAUGAAGAAGAUGACAUAGAAUGUGAUGAUACUCUCAUUGAACACAACACUGCCAACCAGCCUCAGUUCCAUGUUGUCCAAGACAAUGGAAACAUGGCUCCGUUUGAAGAUAGGCGGCGUCGCAAUAGUUUUAGGCGGUAUCAGUCGUUAGAUUUGCUGCCGGGAGUAUCAGCAAGUGUCAUGGAUGAUGUGACGAGUAGUGAUAAUGAAUCUGGCAGAUCAUUUUCAAGAAAUGACAGACAAUAUUCCAGUUUACGGGUGCCACCAAAACGCAAUCAGCAAUACAGUGAUUCAGACAGCAUGGAGGGAAGUCCAAGGCAAAGACGAGAUAAGAAAACUAGAAGGAGUCCUAAUGGUUACGGGCCAGAGUCAGAUGACGAUGACUAUGAGAACCGCCCAGUUCCCGAUUCACCACGUGGACAACCAGUAGGGGGCUCUGUUGAUGUUUCUCCUGUAGAGUUGCCAGAGGUCAUUCCUACCACCCCAGAACGUGUAUUCAAAGUCGUGUUCGUCGGUGACUCGGGAGUUGGCAAGAGUAGUUUUAUUUACAGAUUCUGCAAUGACGCAUUUAAAGACAGCUUCAGUGCAACAAUAGGUGUUGAUUUCCAAGUCAAGAAUGUGAUAGUUGAUAAACACCUGAUAGCCUUACAGCUGUGGGACACGGCCGGCCAGGAACGCUUCAGGAGCAUAACAAAGCAAUACUUUAGAAAGGCAGAUGGUGUGAUUGUCAUGUAUGAUGUCACGUCCGAGUCUUCCUUCACGAAUGUUAGAAACUGGAUGGUUAGUGUUCAGGAGGGUGUUGAAGAUAACACUGUGGUGAUGCUGCUGGGUAAUAAGACAGAUCUAGCACAAAAUGAUGAGCAUCGGGUUGUCAAGGAGAAGGACGGCACAAAGUUAGCAGACAUAUACAACGCCAUAUUUUACGAGACGAGUGCAAAGACAGGCGACAACAUUAAAGAAUGCGUCGAGGCGAUAUCAAGGCUCUUAAGAGAGAAAGAAGACCAGGAAUUAGAAGAUGCUCUUAGGUUGGAGGAGCCACCUAAAGGGGUGAAAAAGAAAGGGUGUUGCUCAUAGUCAGAGUAGACAGAAAUGUGCAAUAAACAUUCCAUGUUGUAAAUAAAGUGUUUCAUUACAAAAUACUACUCACUGCUGUUUUAGAAAUCCGCCCAAAACUGAAAAUGCAGUCAUCAUGAUUUUUUAAAGUGGCAUCGAUACUGGACCAUAAAUCCGACUUCCAUUAUAUAUGAGUGAAUAGGUGUUUGUUGUUUUUAGCAUAUUGAUGUCCUGUUGGCUACGUACAUGUUAGCAUUUUGUAAUGAAACUCCUAUGUAUGUAUCUGGAAGAGAGUUACUGUGACACCUAGGAGAAGUCAGUAGAACUUAUUUGGCAGCUGGUAACAGCAUGGUUAGUCUCGUCCAUUUGCUCAAUUGAUGUUACACUAUGUAUACACACCCAUUUCAUUUGUAUCUGUCGGUUCAGUCAUGAAGAACUUGUGUGUUUUAUAUCAGUUGCUAAUACAUCUUAAAAAGAUUCUCCCACUGCCAAAGUUAUGUUGGCUCCUGAUAGAUGUCUUAAUCAUGAUACUCGUCAACCAGCAGCACUUCAACAGUCCUAGUUGGUCUAUACUUUACCUCUGCUCAUUUUCACAUCUUCUUCAAUCUCAACCUCUUUGUAAUAAAAAGUAACGUCUUUAAUUCAGGGAGAUUCCUAGUGUUUAGAGCACCUGACUCAUGUUACAAGCUCAACUCGGUUGUUCUUUGCGUAAGACACUUUAACCAAGCGAGUUGGUCUAAUUAAACAGAUGUGGAAAUAGUAGGCCGACAUUACAAUGCAUUUCAUGUCUGAAAUGAAAUGUCAUUUGACUGUAAAGUGCUUAGCCUGUAAGAGUUGAUUCAAAAAGAUAAAAAGGUUGAUGUUCAUCAAGGAUUGACAGUUUGGGUUUUUUAAUUGGGAAAGGGGUCAGCAUUCCAACACCUGUUAAUCAUAUCCAGAUAACAAGUAAUACAGCUUAAUCAGUGGGUGGUUGGUAGUAAGUUACGCCACUUAGUUACUAGUCAAAGCUUUGCAACGGAGGAAACAGUUCAUGCUUAACCUGAUUUCAUAUGUAGUAAGUUACGCCACUUAGUUACUAGUCAAAGCUUUGCAACGGAGGAAGCAGUUCAUGCUUACCUUGAUUUCAUAGGAUGACAAAUCCUGCUCAGUUAUUUGGAAAAUGCAUUGCUUUAUCUGUUGCUGUGACAACCACUUCUUCAAUGUUUUGAAAGAUUCUUGCCAAAAAUUCACAUACUACUAGAGAUAAAGCAAUUUUAUUCCCAUUUUUCAAAGACUCUAUACUUUCUCCUAUGGUGUUAUUUCAAAAUCGGAUGAGCCUGAAUGUUUUAUUCUUUGCCAAGUUGUUAUGUAUUGGAGCUUGUUUGUUAUGUUAAUGGCUGAUAUGAAUAAAGACUAGCAAAUGCUUUUACUCCGGUUUUGUACAGGAAGGCCUAGUGUAAAUGUACAUGGAGAUUUAGAAAAAAGCAUUUGCUAGACUUUAUUCAUAUCACCCAUUAUGUGUAAAUAUGUGUAAAUAUAUGUGGAGUUGGGUGUGUUAGAUGUUAGAUUAUGGAAGGAGGCCAAUCAUUAUCUCGUUAUGAUGUGACACUCACUUUUAGCCUGUUGGAGCUCAGGCAGAUUUGUGUGUGUACUGGGCUUGGGUAAGGUCAGGGCAAAAGUAGUAAAUAGUCCUAUGAUAUUUCCAAGUGGGAUGAAUAUACAUUCCACGAAUACUACGUUUCAAUGGCUGGACUUUUGAACUCGAGCAAUGGUGGUCACCACUAGAAUCCCUACAUGUACAUGCUCCAGCAAUGGUGGUCACCACUAGAAUCCCUACAUGUACAUGCUCCAGCAAUGGUGGUCACCACUAGAAUCCCUACAUGUAUAUGCUUGGCAUCUCUUUGUCAAAGAUUUAAAUCUUUCAAACUGGGUGGAGAUAAAUCAGGAUCUUCCCGAUAAUAAUUGUUGUGUCAUACUGAAGUAUUUGAAUAAUCAAAUUUGCUGUUAUUUCCUGAGGACGUUAAAUGACAUUUUUGAUGGUUUCCAUGUUUAUUUUUUUCUUCUUUGAUCUGUGAUAGAGACAAUGGCAUUACCGCCAGUGCCUUAAUGUAAUGCAUGCGAGUAUCAACUAUAUUUGAAUAUGAAGGCUUGUGUCGAGACGAGGUUUUACUUGAGCCCAAGUCCCGUCCAAAAUUGAACAUUUAUCAGCUUUAGUCGGGUUUGCUGGUCAUUUUGUGUGAAUUAUUUACUCUAAUGUAAUCGCUUGAAUGGCUGCAGAUGUUCAACAUUACAUUCCUCUGCUUUUGUGCUUUACAAAACUAGGUAAAGAUAUUGUCCAUUUCAAUAUGAUUCCAAUAAUCUUACAGUUGUACGAGUAAAAGAAUAGACAAGGCGUUAUUUUCAAGCAGCUGUGUGAAACGGGUUUCCCUUUUAUUAAUUCACAAACAAAAUAGAAAAAAAUUAGUUUUCACGAUUUAUAGUUUUGUGGAAAACAACUGAAAUUUUCUUUGGUUUUUGCGAAUCUAGGUUAUUCACGAAAUCCAGGAAGGUAUUAUAUCCACGCUUUAUGGUAUCUGAUAUGGACUUAAUUCUUGAAGAUACAUGUAGCUGGCUCAGUCUACUCAUGUCUUAGAACAUCGUAGAUUCACCAGGAGGAGGCUUUUUUUGACUUAUUAACGGUUUCUCUAACUUUUGCCAGAUUUAUCUGACAAAGGUCCAUGUUCCUCUAGUCUUCCGCAAUAUCUGGUGCAGUAUUAAAAUGCCUGAAGUGCCAUGGUGGUUAUUGAUAGUUGAGCGUACUUACUUGACUUUAUUGUUGGCUAAUUAGGCCUGUUACUGUAACCUGGAGAAAUGACAAUGAAAUCACUUGUUGGUUAUUUUACAGAUGUUAAUUGUUUGGUUGUGGUUAUAAGGUAAAACCAUUGGUGGAAACAAAUAAAAGUAGAUAUUAAAUAUUUUUUGAAA